AUGUCGGAUGCACCAAGCCGACGGGCUCAAAUCAGGUUUGCCAUUCGAAAGCUUCAUAUGGAACUUCGAAGGCAACAAGAGGAGUCUCUCCUGGAAUUGAGUGGUCAACUUUCACAUAUAAUCGAUCAAGCACUGACAGGAAAAUACCAAGAUGAGUUUUUCCAAUGGACUGUGGAUGAUAUGAGCCCCAGUGAUCUCGAUGUGCGCUUUCUUCACUCUGUCAUCCUGGAGUUGAGCGAUAACUUCGCUGAAGCAAUGCACGUUAGGGGGUGUCAGAGACCCAUUAUUGGUGUCACUUGCACGGGAAUCAUCGAGAUACCUCGAUCCAAUCCUUACAUCGGAAGCUGGACUCCAACUUACUUGAAACGUUCGGAGCUCGAGACGGAAAUUAGAUCCCAUAUUCGUCAUGAUCGAGGAUACGAAGAAGUUGCCAUGGUCAAUCAACUGCUUGUUGGCCGUCUGUUUCGUUCUCUAUCUCAUUCUUGGGGCCAACUCGCCCUUCAUAACGCGACCACCAUAUGGCAAACAAUCAACAACUUUGUCAUUCUCCUAUUGAGCACCCUGGUCACUGAGAAGACAAGUAAGAAGAUUUUGGCAGGCGUUUUGAAGCCAAAGCUGGACAAGAUGAAACAGAACUUCACAGAGAGAAUCGGACAGUUGACUGAAGAGUUCAAGAAGGGCAAAUCACUGCCCACAGGGAAAGACUUUGUCUCACGUGUACAGAACACUGUGAUUGAGAAACGACGUCUCAGAACGCAAUCCGGAAUUUGCAAGGCCGAAUUCGCGGCGUCUCUAGUUAUUGAUCAGGCAUACAACUAUUACAAGAAUGCCAAAGGAGAUUUCGUGGACAAAGUCAGGGCAUUGGUGAUCGAAGACUGCAUUUUAACACCUCUGAAGCAUAUUUUCACGUCGGAGGCUGUCAAAAACAUGACGUCGAAGGCUCUUUUCUCCCUUGCCUAUGACAUGAGCAGCAACUGCGAAAGUCAGUGCAGGAAGCUCCAUGGCCUAAAGCGACUUUACUCUGCCCUUCAAUCCAUCGACCAAAUUUCUGCGACACACUUGAAGCCUGCACCUAUGAUACUAUCGUUCCAACAAGAUAAUUGUGAGCUACUGACUCCACCGAAAAGCAGCUCUGAAAUUCUUGAUCCGAAGACAUCACUUCCGCCAAAAAAACCUGGAAAACGCAAGGCAGAUGACGAUGGAUCUCACCUCUUCGCCCACGAGACCAAGAGGAGAAUGCAAAAUUCUCUGCCACAAAUACUAGCCAUCGAGGAUCUACCAGCACUGACGUCUACGGAGGCUUCAAGUCCUGUGAAUCGUGCUAUUUCUCUUCUCCGUUGA